AUGCCGUCCUCAUCUCUGUCUAUACCAGCGCGUCUCGGCCCGGAGGAGGUCGUGGAUGAUCCCCACAUGGGCUUUGGCAGAUUCAAACCGGCAGCGAAAUUGACUCUGAUGCGAUAUCUUCAGGACCUUCAAGAUGCCGAGAUUCCUACUAGUCCGGUUCCGCCAAAGUAUCAUACUGGACGGCUACCGAACGGCAAACCUGGAGACGGAAAGCCACGGCUAUUGCUGAUGGGCCAGAGAAGGAGUGGCAAAUCAUCAAUAUCAAGCGUAGUGUUUCACAAGCUACCGCCGAGCGAGACGCUUUACCUUGAGACGACCACCCGCAUCAAGAAAGAGUCUAUGCACUCAUUCAUGGACUUCCAAGUCUGGGACUUCCCCGGCCACUUGGACUACUUCGACCCCGCCUUCGACGUCGAUAACAUCUUCGACGAAAUCGGCGCGCUCAUCUGGGUCAUCGAUGCUCAAGACGAGUAUCUAGACGCCAUCAACCGGCUCAACACCACUAUCCUCAACCUGCAGCACUCCUACCCGAACAUCCUCGUGGAAGUCUUCGUCCACAAGGUCGAUGGCCUGUCCGACGACUACAAGAGCGACACGUUCCGCGACAUCAUCCAACGCGUGCAGGACGAGCUCUCGGACGCCGGCUACGAGAACCCGCCCGUGAGCUAUUACCAAACCAGCAUAUACGACCACUCCAUCUUCGAGGCAUUCAGCAAGGUCAUCCAGAAGCUGAUACCGCAGCUACCGACGCUUGAAUCACUGCUCAACAGCCUCUGCGCCAACUGCCGGAUAGAGAAGGCGUAUGUUUUCGAUGUGUUGAGCAAGAUCUACAUCGCUACAGACACGUCACCAACCGACAUUGGCAGCUACGAGAUAUGCUCAGACUACAUCGAUGUUGUUGUUGAUGUCAGUGAAAUCUACGGAUGGGACCGCCCUUCCGAGAACGGUAACGUGGACGAAGCAAUUGAGGAGACGGGUAACAAUGACGCGGAGAGCCUGAUCACUAUGGAGAGGAAGGGGAACAACUACCUAUACCUCAGGGAGAUCAACAAGUGA